AUGACUGACAUUCGGGAGAACAGGGCUGAGGUUGAAGCGAAGCAAGAUAAUGAGAAGUAUGUGUGGAAGCUUGUGUUAUAUAUUAGGGUGCAAGGUGAUUUCAUUCCCUCGUUCAUAUUAUCAUUUAAAGCUCGGAUCGACGAAAUCAUACCUAAAGCUCAACCAUGGACCCAACAGACACAGAUCCCUGACCUCUAUCAAAAUCAAAGUAUCCCCAACCCAAAGCGCAUACUUUGCAGGCGAACCAUUCACCGUCGCACAUUCACCAAUACCCGCUCAAACAAUACAUCACCCAUCUCAGCAGUGUCAGCACCUGCGCUAGUUCAGAAAUCACACAAACGAAAUGCGCAUUCUAUAAGCUCUGCCCAGCUUGCGAGGCCUCCUACGUCUCCUGGCUUGAGCCCACGUCCACCAGAUUUCGUCAGAGCGCUUGGAACUGGCAUUGGCGAAGGGGGGAGGAAGGGAUUGAUUGGAGCAGUGGAUGGGAAGGGGAAAGGCAAGGAAGUGCUUGAAGCCAGCCGUAGUGCAUUGGAAAAGGCCAAGCGCAGUGCUAGCGUGGAUAUUUCUGCUAGUGAAGAGAAUAGGGUUCCACUCCCCGUAUUCGAAGUACAACCUGCCAUGCUGGCCGUCGAUCUGGGGAAAAGCAGAGGGAGCAAGUAUAGUAGGCAAAAGCGAGGCGAGACGCCUAAUGCGAGAGAGUGGACGCGAUCGCCGUCGGAUGGGCAGAGCGAUUACAUAGACAUGAUCGCCCAGGCUAUCGAUAACACAACAGCCCAACAACUAGCCCAAGUCCCGUUUUUGCGAUUGUACAUUGAAGUAGGAGGAUAUACCGAUCCAUCAUAGAUGUUUGAUUAAUAAUUGUCCUAUCGCUCACACAAAUUCCCCAAAGUAAAAUCAAUUUGCGACAACUACAAACGGACAAGUAUGUGAACAUCGAUCCAAUCCAGAGCUUGGCGAGUGACAUGAAAGUUCGAAAUAUGGUAGGGAGGGACCUCAUCCACAAGAGGUGUAUAUUCUAGGUGCGCGAUAAAUCAUUGUAGGGGACGAGGAAAUCGUAGAUUAAUGAUGACCAUCCUGGUAUUCAGAUAGACAACCAAUGAAGAGCCAAAAGCGAGUCCAGAGUCCAGCCUGUCUGAGCAUUAAAUCAGGGCGUGAGGUAGCCGCGGCAUUAUUGCUGAUAGCAGGUGCAGUAGAGACAGCUAGCUGUGGUUGCGAAGAUGGGGUCUGAGUUGCUGUGCCGGAUUGCUGCGUGGCAUUGGGCUUGGGAGGCCGCGGGCUGCUUGCAGUAGGAUUCUUCAAGGGCAAUAGUCUUUUC